ACUUUGGCCAGUCUCCGUGUCCUCCAGCCAUGGGAGCAGUGGUUUAGGGGGUCAACGCACAGACCCAAGACCAAGAGGGGGGUCAAAAGACAUCGAUGUGACGACCAACGAGGGGAAACCGUCGUUUCUGGAAAAAGGAAUACUUCUUAUCCCUCAUGUAGUUCAUUAUUUAAUUAUUAUCUGACAUUUCUCAUGGUUUGCGGCACUGAUUUGAAACGCAAAAUAUUUUUGGGGACAAUUCCGGCAUCCGGGUGAAAAGCUUUUGGAUUAUCUUCUGAAGGUCCACUGUGUCCUUUUACCAUCUGAGGGAUAUACCUGCUUAUCCCCUCCACCUGGAACAACUUAGUUGAGCUCAACCUGCUAAUAACAGCGCAAGGCCUGCAGAGACCACCGCGUGGCACUGAAACACCCUCGUGUAACCCCCCCCCCCCCCACGGUGGCUUCGUCUCUUUAGAUGCAACUGGCCUCCUCUGGAUUAACACUCUUUUUUUUUACCUCAACAGACCGAACUCUUUGUUUUUUCUUCUGUUCUUCUCGGCGUUGAUCCGUGCGUGGUAGCGAGCCAUGCUGCUGAAGAUAAAGUUCAGCCUGCAGCGGCGGGUGCAUCUGGCCCAGGGCCUGUGGCUGCUGUCCUGGAUGGCAGUGAUAUGGGGGGGCGUCAUCUUCUGCCUGGGGGUUUACCUGAAGACCGAGCUGCUGCGCAGGGCCGAGGUGAUGGACAACACGGAGAUCCACGUGGUGCCCGACAUCCUGAUGCUGGUGGGCCUGGCCUCCAUCGGCGCCAACUGGCUGGCCAGCCGCGCGUGUCAGGACUCGUUGGACCCGAGCCGCUUCCCCCGCUGGAGGGUUCCCCUGCUGGUUUGGUUCUCCGUGGCCGCAGUGCUGUGUUGUCUGCUCGUCGCGGUUUUCGUGCUCAGCUACGCCCUGCAGGGAAGCCUGGAGGAGUCCCUGAAGGUCGGCCUGAGGAACGGCAUUCGCUUCUACAAGGACACGGACGUGCCGGGCCGCUGUUUCCAGAAGGAGACCAUUGAUCGUCUGCAGAUGGAGUUUCGCUGUUGCGGAAACAACAACUUCAAGGACUGGUUUGAAGUUCAGUGGGUCAGCAACAGAUAUUUAGACUUCACCUCCAAGGACGUCAAGGACCGUAUUCGGAGUAACGUGGACGGCCGCUACCUGUUGGACGGCGUUCCCUUCAGCUGCUGCAACCCCACCUCCCCUCGCCCCUGCAUGCGCUACCACCUGACGGAUAACCACGCCCACUUCAACUAUGACUACCAAUCGGAGGAGCUCAACCUGUACGGCCGCGGGUGCAGGCAGGCGCUGACCGACUACUACAUGGAGCUGAUGAACUCCACCGGCCCCGCUGUGCUGUCGGUCAUCUUGGUGCAGAUUUCGGUGCUCGUGAGCCUGCGGUACCUGCAGACGGCCGUGGAGACCGCCAUGGUCCUGGAGGACCCAGCGGGCGAUAGCGAUGGUUAUCUCCUGGAGAAGAGUGUGAAGGAAACCAUUGAGGACCUCAAAACCAGAGCCCUGACCAUGCUGAAGUUCGGGCAGGUCGACCCCGAUGACCCCGAGGGGUCGCCUGAGGCCGCGGACGCCGAGAAAGAUGAGAAGGAUGCGGCCCCUACGCCUGGCAGUUAGGAGGGACGCGAACGUUCAGCUGGGGGGGGGGGGAAUGGACGGUUUCUUGGUAGUGUGAAUUGGCAGCUUACGGGUUAAAACCCCUUCGCCGCGACUCCAUCGCACACGGCCAAAACGAGGCAAUAAAUAUGGAAUCUUAUCAGUGCACAGGCAUCACAGCCGCUCCUCUGUGGAGGAUGUGUAACCAUCACAGAGUGUGGCGAGGAGAUGUGUAGUGCUUUUUGUUGUAGCUAGAAGAGAGUGCAUUAACUUUUAAAGGGGUGUAGCGCUCACACACAUACACACACACACACACACACACACAUAUUUAACAAGUUCUGACAUUUGGCUCGAAGCUGGAAAAGCUGAAGUUCAUUCUACGAUCACUAUAAUAUUCAUCUCACGGCUGUAGAGUUUGUGCUAAACUGCAAUGAAAUGCUUGAGAACCUGUUAAAAUGGCACAUGAAUUAUAAAUUAAAGGUAGACAUUUUUGACUGCUUUGCAGCGUGGGCCUCCGUUUGUACCGUGUUUCAUACGAAGCGAGCAGCGAGUGUCGGUUAUCCGAGUUCAGUCAGGAGAGCUGGAUUAACCGCGUGUGCAUGUGUGCUGGAGUGUGGUGUCCUAAAUGAAGCUGUCAUCUCGUCUAUUCUGGCAGCUCGGAAACAAUCUCAUAAUCCUGAUGUGGUUAAACCCAGAGCUGCUGCACCAGCAGAAUCAGCACACACGCCGUCACAGAGGGACGCAAGAGGCGGAAGGA